AUGUCCCAACAUACAGAAUUUGUAAAUACUAUUCUUUCAUCAUAUAAACCAAUUGAUGUUUCAAGCAUUGUUCGCCAUCGCUAUAAUCAUGCCGAGUUAUUGAAUGAAGAAAUUUCUGACUGGCUUAGGGAGCGUGCAAAAAUUGAAGAAAUUUAUGCAUCAUCUUUAGCCAAGUUAAGUCAAAAGAAAAUUAACGAAAUAUCUAAUUCAGGUAUUUUUGCUGGUGUUUGGGCAAGUGUUAUUAACCAGACCAAAAAUGCCUCUAAAGCAUCUGCUUCUUUUGCUGAGAAGGUCUCACAAGACAUUGAACUACCGUUGCGUAAAUUUUGCACAAAAUCUGGUCAAUGGUCAGACAUUAAAGAGUUGAACAGCCAGCUAGAAUCCAUCGCUCAAAGCUUUAAUCAAAAUGACGAAAAGGUUGAAAAGCUUAAACGAAAGUCAAUGAUAUCCAAACACAAUCAUCAAGUUGAAAAUGCACAAAAUUCAUUAACAGAGAAUCGUAGUCAGUGGGAGAGUCAUGCUCCUUAUAUUUUGGAACAGAUUGCCACAGUCGAUGAGUCUCGCUUAAGUAUCUUGAAAAACACUCUAAUUAGUUAUGAGACUUUAGAAGCAGACCUAUCCCAGAGAAUUAUGAAAAGUACGGAAGUUGUUUUGAAUAAUGUUCUUUCAUUUGAACCGAUUGAUGAUAUUGCAGCUUUUUCUGCUCAAGCUGGUAGAUCUUUAGAACAUGCACCUCAUAGAAAUUUUAAUCGAGGGAGUGUUUCAGAAUUUUCCGACGUACAUUCAAAUAAAACCGACAGUAUUUAUGAGUCUCCUCGUUCUUCCACCAAAAAAGAAGAGAGCGGAUCAUCUAAACUAAGAAGUAAAGUUGGUUCUAUUUUUCGACCACGGAAGGGUAAGAGUGCCAGUAUUUCUUUGUCAAGCUCCCAGCAUACUCCUACAUCGUAUAAUAAACCAAAUACCUUUACUCCCCAUCCUAGCAAUACCAUUUCUGGUUCUCCUGUCAACAUAUUCUCUUCAACAAACGGAGAUUCUGAUGUUUCGAAUCUAACUAGAAUUUCAAAACCUGCGCCUCCUCCAGCUCGAAAAUCAACGAAUGGUGUCACACUUUCAACAUCGCCUAGACCUGAAGAUCUCAAAGAGUCUAUUUCAUAUAACACUGAUAACUUUCAAACAAUAAUGGGAGAAACUUCACAAGGAAUUCAAUCUCCCUCACUUGAUCAAAGAGAAUAUGGAAACCAGGGAUUAAAAUUUACUAUUGAAGAUAAUCAUAUUGCUGAUGGAAAUUCAGAAGAAGAUAGUGCUGCACUUUCAAAUGUAGCCACUCAGUUUGAGUCUCGCUCUACUCAAUCUAGACGUGGAAAAUCUAGACGGGACAUUCAGUCCACCUUAUUCACUAAUAUUGUCCCUAGUGAAGUUAAUCACUUUGUCCCUACUAAUACCCAGAUAACUGAAUCGCCAACUUUACAAUCUGGGACACAAAAUCACCAGCCAAUUUUAGGCGUUACAUCUGCCGAAAACGCAAUAGAAUUGCCGAUAACACCCACCUUGAAAACAAAUCUUCCGAUGGGUAUGGGACUUAAGGCUGGGGUAACCGAACAUUUAAGUGCAAAUGUUAUUGAUGGCCAAGUUGAGCGAUCUAGUUUAGUAGGCGAAGUUAGCUUUGCAUUUGAAGGAGAACCUCAAUCUCAAUUUUUUGAUAUUAAAUUGGAUGGUUCUAAUGCCUUGGAUAAAAUAACACCUAAUUAUGCUAUUAUGAAGUCUCUUGGACCUACAACAUUUAGACUCAGUUCUCAAGAUGUAGUAGGCCCCGAUGGUAAACUUGGCUUUAAGCUUUUGUUGAAAAACUCGCAACAAUUUGUUCCAGUUGAUUUUACUCCGUAUUGGAGAAUAGAACCCGAUAAAUCGCGACUCAUGUUAACUUAUAAGCUUGCAGAUUCUUAUCUCGUUAAUAGUCCUAUUAUUUUAAAGGAUGUUACAAUAACUGUCCCGGUGGAGGGGGGAAAUGCAAUAGCUGCCCACAGCCGUCCAAAAGUAGUAUUCAAUCAGCAUACUCAGUCUGUGGUAUGGAAAUUUGAUGAACUUUUGGUUAGAGCUGGCGUUGAAGAAAAACUUCUUUGUCAAUUUGAUACAAAUGGACCGGCUGUUGAGGGCCGUCAAGGUAUAGAUAUUAAGUUUUCCCUGGUGGGGUAUAAUGUCUUUUCACUCUCCUAUACUUUGGGGGAUUCAACAUCCGAGGAACCUGAAUGGAUACCUGUUAAUACUUUAGUCAGCAUGUUUUCAGGAAAAUUUACUUUACAUGCCGAUAAGAACUUGGAGACUCUGGCCUAA